CCCAUCUCAACCUUAUAAUUUAUACUUGAUAAUCAAACUGCAUAAUCCAUCCAACGAACAAAGCCACCAUAAGCAGCAACCGAUCCAAACCCAAAGCAAUGUCAGACCCACCUACUCCACUAACCCUUCCGCCAACUCUGCCUUACCCCAUCACACUUACUCGGCUGGUCGCCAGGCCGGGAGACAAGAUCAAGCGAGGUUCGAGAUUGCUUGAAUAUACUUUCAUGUCAUCCGAUCUAAAGGAAAAAGUUGCUAAACGUCGGUUACAAGGAGGAGGAAUGGGGGAAAUAGAGAACGAAAAGGAGAAGGAUGACCUGAGUGGGACGUGGGAGAGUUUGAUUGACGGUGAUGUUGUAGAAUGGAAAGGCGCGAAACCGGGGAUGAUUGUUGAGCGAAAUCAAGCUAGUCAAAUAAUAGUGACGGUGCAACAGGCUUGUUCGCAUCCUGUCCAGUUGCAUGGUUUGUGUGGUGUUUGUGGAGCUGAUUUAACCGAGGAUGAUUAUCUAUCCAGACCGGUAUCGAACCAAACUCAAGCUGGACCUUCCAGAUACCCCGGCGGAUUCGAAAUCGCGCACGACGCAAUGGGCGUGACGGUAUCCAAGAAUGAAGCCCAGCGAUUAGAAAACCUCACCCGAGAUGCGCUUCUUUCGACUCGGCGGUUAUCGUUGAUUGUGGAUCUUGAUCAGACCAUUAUUCAUACGACUGUGGAUCCUACUGUUGCCGAGUGGAUGGAUGAGAUUCACCGUGAAGAGAUGAAGGAUGCUCAGGAGAAGGCCAACGUUCCUACCGAAGAAGUGAAAGGCAAAGGGGAGGAGACGACGACUCCACCGGGAUCCCCUGGCCCUGGUGCUUUGGGUAUAACAGUCGAAUCACCAAAAGAAAAGAACCCAAACGCAGAAGCUUUAAGGGACGUAGCCAAGUUUCAAAUCGCCGACGAUUUGCCCCCGGGAUAUGUCAAGCUCAAGACCAAAACGACAAAGGGGCAAAACCCUCCAGAGUCGGAAGGGAGAUGGUACUUUACCAAACCUCGACCGGGUCUGCAAAGGUUUUUGGAUGAAAUGUGUCAGCUAUAUGAGAUGCAUGUGUACACUAUGGGUACGAGGACGUACGCGGAUGCGAUCGUCAAGGUUAUUGAUCCUGACGGCAAGAUAUUUGGAGGAAGGAUUUUGAGUAGGGAUGAGAGUGGAAGCUUCAGUUCGAAGAAUUUGAAGAGGCUGUUCCCUACAGACACGAGUAUGGUGGUCGUUAUCGAUGAUAGGUCUGAUGUCUGGGGCGACUGUCCCAACCUAGUAAAGGUUGUCCCUUAUGAUUUUUUCUUGGGGAUAGGUGAUAUCAAUUCAUCUUUCCUUCCGACUAACAAGUCCACACCUCCCCCAUCCGCCGCCACGACCGCCGCUACGACCGCUGCUGCCGCCUCUUCUUCCUCUGCGCCAUUGUCUCCGUCUCUGUCUACGUCUCCAUCCCCUCCCCCAACUUUGCCCCCCUCACCGCCCUCCGCUUCGUCUAACGCCUCCACACCGCCGCCAGUAACUCCAUCCGAGGUAUCAGCAGACCUCGAGCCGAUUGAACGGGUCGAACCGGUUGAGCCUACAAGAGAAGAAGAGUUGAUGAUGCAAGCGAAACUGUUGGACCAGCUUAGCACAAGUCGUCCUUUGGCGAGAUUACAGGAAGAGUUGGAAAAGGAGGAUUCCGAGGAUGAUGAAUCUGGAGAGGGGCAAGGUGGAGAGGCUGCUGUUGCGGCUGAGGCUGAAACGGGAAUGAAGAAAGUGACAGGGAAAGAGGAGGAGAAGGAGAAGGAACACGAGGAAAAGGCGGUGGCAAGUGUGAGAGACGACUCUCGAAAAGAACGGUCAAAAUCCCCAAACAAGCAUAGAAAGCCGUUAUUGAAUCCCAACGACUACGAACUUGUCCGGGUGGCGAAUAUAUUGCAAGAGAUUCAUAGUCGGUUUUAUAAAGCUUUUGAUGCGAUUGACGGAUGGGAUCCAAAAAAGGCUUUACCCAUGAGCUGUGAUGUCGAGUUUAUUAUACCUGAGAUGAAAGCCGAGGUUCUGGAUGGGUGUAAUUUGGUUUUCUCGGGUAUGAUUCCUCGCGAAGCUAAUCCUUCAACUACUGCAAUCUGGCAAACAGCCGAAUCUUUCGGAGCACUAAUAACCCCUUCCCUGACACCCCGCACGACGCACCUCGUGACCGCUUUGUUGAAUACGGAGAAAACUUGGAGAGCAGGGAAGAUGGAGGGUGUGAAGGUUGUUUGGGCAGAGUGGUUUUGGGAUAGUGUGGCCCUGUGGGAGAGACAGGAUGAAGAGAAAUAUAUUGCGGGCAAGAAGGAGGGGACGGGUGAUGCGGGGAAGGGAGUUGGGCCGGAAGGGGAAGCUGGAAACAGCGAUAAUCACAAGGACUUGAAGGAAGAAGACGAGGAUGGAGAAGAGCAUGAAGAUAUGAAUGAUGAUACUCAGGUGGGUCAAGGGUGGGACGAAGAAGCCGAACGGGAGUGGGAAGAAUUUAUGGCAGGAGAGGAUGAUUGGUCGGAUGGAGAAGGGAGUGUAGGGAGUAGGAAGAGCGUGAAGGGUGAGAGUGCCCCCUCUACGCCGAGUAAGAAGCGAGUGAGGUAUGCGGAUGAAGAAUUAUUACCCCUGGAGGAGUUUAAAGAUCCGUCACCUACUGCGUCAUCGGAUGCUCCACCGAGUAAGAGGCAUAAAGCAUACCUUAUUGAAGAUACGACAUCUGGGGAAGAACGGUCUGAGGAGAGCCGAUCUCAGCACAAGGACCAUUGGACGUAUGAGGCGGAUGUUGAGAAGCAUGACGAAAAGGCUGGUGAUGAGGAUGAUGGUCGGAGUGUGGCAGAAAGCAUGGAGGGUGCCGAGGGCGAUGACGAAUUUGCUCUAUUGCUUAUGGACAGUUUAGCAAACGAUGAUGCCGAUGGAGAUGAAAAUAGGGAUGGAGAUAGCGUUGUGGCGGGUGAGAAGUAAUCUUCUUGAGUCUUUUAUCAUCAAUUUGUCGUUGUACUGGUACUAGUUUGACACCCAAGGAUAUUUCAUCAUGGCAUUAGCAUUUGUAUUUUAUGCAUAAUGUUGUCGGGGGUACUCUCGAAUGAGUCUUUCAUGAAUGGAACAAGCCAGAUAAGGAUCAUUUGCAUUCCUUCACUCAACAAGGCAUUGAAAAGUAAUUACUCUGUGUGGACAAGAUGAUUGGCGGAUUGUAGGUUUCAGAAGAUAGACUCUUCGCCGUGAUUAAGUUAUCAUUAUUUAACAAGCUGGAAAGCGCUUAACAGCCUUUGUUCUCAAGUUCGUCUUUCAGGCAAGGAGGGGACAGUACUAUAUCUUAAACUUUUUUGCACAAGCUGACUGACACAUUCCUCACAAUUAUCACUCACCUCGAUGCCCUACAUUGGUCCGGGUCUGCGAUUCUUCGCUAUUCUAGGUUUUGAUGAGCUUUAUGCAUGGGGA